CGUGUAUCCAAAGCUGCGCCACUCGACGAAAGAAAGGGUGGACGUUGCGCGAUGAAGUUUGGGAAGCAGUUGGAGCUGACUGCGAAUGUGCAGUGGCGCCAGUACUACGUGCAGUACAAGAAGCUGAAGCGGUUGAUCAAGCGCGUGGCGUUCGAGAUCGAGCGCGGGCAACGCAAACAGGAGAAAGUGGACAAGAAGUCCAAGACCCAGGGUGUCGCCGACUUGCCGCGACCACCGAGUGUGACAUCGUUUUCAUCAUCCGACAAGUCAUUGUCCUUGACGUCCAGUGGGAAGAGCAAGGCCAGGGCAUCGCAAGGGGGGGGGGACGAGUCGACGCCGCUACUGUCGCCCCAAGUGGACUUGAACCUGGACAACAUUGAGGACGCCAAGCGCGAGUUCUGGGACAUGACCAACGCCAACAUCGCCGACGCCAACGAGUUUUACCGCAGCAAAGUAACGCACUUGGCCAAGAUCGUCAAGGACUUUGAGAGCAUGCUGCGCGACGAGGACAAGGAGUCCCACGGGCACGUCAGCUCCAAGCCGCGCACGACGUCUCACGAAGUGGACCGCGGGUUCGCCGGGAUCCAGGACUGCUACGACACGCUCAUCGAUCUCAAGCAGUUCGUCAACUUGAACCACACCGGGUUUCGCAAAAUCGUGAAAAAGUUUGACAAAACCACCGGCGGCGACACGCUCGACGCGUUCGUCAAGCAGCUCAACCACGAAGAGUUCUACGCGUCCCACGACAUUGACGCGCUGCUGGAGCGCCUUUUCUCGAUGACAUCCAAGGACAAGCUGGAGGCGGGAAACUUGGAGCAGCGCAUGAAGCGGCAGCAAGGGGGCCAGGACUCGCUUCUCCGAAAGGUGAAAGCGGUGCCGUUUGUGAUUUCGUGUGUGCUCUUUGGGUUGUUGCUUGCGAUCCCGAUUCCCGGAGAGAAAGGAGUGCAGCAACGCUGCUUGGCCAUGCUCGUGUUUAUCACGUCGCUGUGGGUGUCGGAGGCCCUUCCGUACUUCGCCACGUCGCUCUUGGUGCCGGUUCUCGUUGUGUUUUUGCGCAUUUUGAACGAUAAGCAGCACCCAAAUGUGCUAUUGGAUGCAAAGAGUGCGGCCAAGGAAGUUACGUCGCUCUUGGUGAACCACACGACCAUUUUGAUCAUGGGAGGGUUUUCGAUUUCGGCUGCGCUGUCCAAGUGUCAGAUUGAGCUGUACAUUGCCGCCUUCUUACAACGUCGCUUCAAGAAGAGUCCCCGCCUGUUCCUGCUCGCGAUCAUGCUCAUGGGGCUGUUCUUGUCCAUGUGGAUCAACAACCACACCGCCCCCGUGAGGCAGUGUGUCUCGGUGCUGCUGCCAAUCAUCCGAGACUUUCCGCAUCACAGCCCGUAUGUGAAGACGCUGCUCAUUGGACUCGCCUUUGCGUGCAAUUUGGGCGGUAUGAUGACCCCCAUCGCAUCCUUGCAGAACACGCUGGCGCAAUCGUACUUGGAUAAGGCGGGGUAUGUCGUUUCGUUUGGGCAAUGGAUGAUGAUCGCAGUGCCAUUUUGCAUCCUGUCGACUAUUUUGUGCUGGCUGUUCUUGCUGUGGGCGUUCAACCCGUCGGACGUCAAGUACAUUCCUCAAAUCGUGUACGACCAGAAGCAGCGCGUGACCCGAGUGCACGUGGCCGUGGUUCUGCUCACAGUGUCGACGAUCGUGCUGUGGGCGCUGUUCACACUCAUCGCCCCCACAGUGGGCGAUAUGUCCAUCAUCUCGCUUCUUCUCAUGAUCAGUUUGUUUGGGACGGGGAUUUUGAGUCAGUUUGACUUCAAUUCGUUCUCGUGGCACAUAUUGUUUCUCAUUGGCGGGGGCAGUGUCUUGGGCGAGGCGGUGCAGCGCUCGGGGCUACUCGGGACGUUGAGUCACUCGCUGAUCCAAGCGCUUCCAAGCGGCAGCGUGUGGCUCACGACUGUGCUGCUGUGCAUGCUCGUGCUUGGGCUCACCACGUUCAUUUCGCACACGGUGGCGUCUUUGAUUCUGCUGCCCAUCAUUGUGCAGCUGAGCAUUGAAAUCGGGCAGCCCCAAAUCCCCGUGAUCAGCUGUGCGUUGGCGAUAUCGGCAGCCAUGGGCUUGCCGUUUGCCUCGUUUCCUAACAUCAACUCGCUGCUCGUGUUGGACGACCACGGCGAGCCGUACCUCGAAGUCCAGGACUUCUUGAAAGUCGGCCUCGCGUUCUCGCUCUUUACAGUGGCACUUAUAGUGUCGCUUGGGUACUGGCUGAUUGUACUCGUGCUAGGCGACAAUAUAGCUUCCGUCUAGAUGCAUAGAUAGUUGUUACCAGUCUAUGGCUUUAAUCCUGAUCAGUCGUAGUGGACAUGCCGACAUUUACA